CCGUACGCCACGCUUGCUCCAGGCCCGGCUCCCGCGUCCUGUUUGGUCAUUGAGGGGGGCAAGUGGCGGGAGGGGAGGCGUGAGCGGCGGAAAGGGACGCGGAGCAGGUUCGGGUGUGCAGAAGGGCCGCUCUCGCUAGCGCCGCCGCCACCUCGGUUGGGGACCCACGAGGCCGCCGCGUCCUGCCCUGAGAACAAUGGGACUCGGUGCGCGAGGCAGCUGGGUCGUGUUCGUCGUGGGGGCGCUCCUGGUGCUCGUGCUGCUGAAGGCCGCCGUGGAUGGCGAAGGCUCGGCGGGUAACACCCCACAUAUGUCUUCCAACUAUAAUAAUGAAUCUUCCAAAGGCACUGUGAAAUUACCUACAACUGUAGUUUCCUCAUUGGUAAACACCACCUUGAAAUUCACAGCAAAACCAUCAACAACUCCAGUUUCUUCAGUCACAAAAAAUGCAACAGUCACCACCAUGAAACCAGUAACAACUUCUCACAUGACAACACCAGGGGUGUCAGCAAAUGUGACUUCCACCACUUUAAAGUCUACACCCAAAGUAACAGGUGUUUCACAAAACACAUCCCAUGUGUCAACAUCCACGAUGACCACAACCCACAAUAGUUCGAUGACAUCUGUUUCUUCAUCGGUAACAAUCACAGCAACUAUAAAUUCUAAAGACAAUAAAGGAUCAAAAUUUGAUAUUGGCAGCUUUGUCGGUGGUAUUGCAUUAACACUGGGAAUUUUAUCUGUUCUUUACUUUGGAUUCAAAACGUAUUAUUCGAGAAGAGGCAUUCGGUAUAGAACCAUUGAUGAACAUGAUGCCAUCAUUUAAGGAAAUCUAAGGACCAACGGAAAGAAGAUUAAUGCAACCCUAUCAAUUAGUUUAAGAUAAUAUUCUCCUUUUGAAAAUAGGACAAACAGGCCAUGCAUAUAAUGUACAAUGUAUUAUAUAAAUAUGUAAAAGAUUCCUCAUGAUUGCUAAAGGUAAAAAGGAUUUGGGGUUUUUAAUGAACAUUUGAAGCGUAUGGUUAAUACAAUCGUUAUAGUCACUUUUAGAAAACAUAUAGUCAGAAAAGUCCUGUCCCAUUUUCUUGUGGCAUUGGUGAUAUAGAGCCUAUAAUUGGAAAACAUCAUUAAAGGGCAUGACACCAACUGGGUAUUCAAAUAAGUAGCUUGUCAUAGCACUGAGGAUGUUGUUUGUCAUUAUUGCUCAUACAGAGAAUUUAGUGCUACUCAGAGCUGGAUAUAUCCUUCUUAUUAAUGCUACACAGAAAUUGUAUGAGUAAACCAGGUCUUAAUCUUAA